CGGACGCAAUUGCGAUACAGAGAGAGAGAGAAGGCUUCAGAGAGAGAAAGGUUUGGAGAGAGAAACAUGGCGGCAACUUUGUCUCCGUGGGCGAAGCCAGGCGCGUGGGCUCUGGACUCCGAGGAGCACGAGGCCGAGCUUCAGAAGGAGGAGAGAGGGACAGGAAGCUCUGGCACUCCUGCCACUGACUUCCCGUCUCUUGCGGCGGCGGCCGCCACCAAAACGUCGAAGAAGAAGAAGGGCCAGACGCUCUCGCUCGCGGAGUUCAGCACUGGGGUCUCCGUCGCCCCCGGCUCGGCCCGAUCGGCCCAGCCUAGUCCCGGUGUGGGGCUCACCCCCGAUGAGAUGCUAUCCCUGCCGACUGGACCGCGCCAGAGAACCGCGGAGGAGCUGGACCGGUCCCGGCUCGGCGGGGGGUUUCGGUCGUAUGGUUCGAACGGUUACGAUAGCGGUCGGAGCAGGUACUCCAACGGGGACGAUUCGCCUAAUUCAAGGUGGGGGCCUAGGGUUUCUGACGAGACGAGGAGACAAGGGGGGUUCGGCAGGGAUGCGAACAAAGAUUUGAUGCCGUCACGCGCGGACGAGAUUGAUGAUUGGGGCGCGGCGAAGAAAUCGUCGGUGGGUAACGGGUUUGAGAGGAGGGAGAGAGGGGGAUUCUUCGAUUCACACUCUAGGGCUGAUGAUUCCGAUAAUUGGGCAUCGAACAAGAAUUUUGUGGCCUCCGAGGGACGGAGAUUUGGUGCAUCUUUUGAUAGAGACAGGAGAGGAGGAGGGUUUGAGUCGCUUUCGAAGGAAUCUGAUUCUGAUUUUUGGGGGAAGAAGAAGGAAGAGGGAAUUGGAAGUGCGGAUUCUGAGUUUUGGGGGAAGAAGAAGGAAGAGGGAAUUGGAAAUGCGGGUGGGGGUGGGAGACCGAGGUUGAAUUUGCAGCCACGGACGCUGCCGGUGAGCAGUGUCCAACAGCCAGGUUCAGGACCGGUUGCAAAUUCAAAGAGUUCAGGUUCCAACCCGUUCGGAGAGGCAAGGCCUCGGGAAGAUGUUUUGGCGGAGAAAGGUCAGGAUUGGAAGAAGAUUGAUGAGCAGCUGGAGUCGGUAAAGAUCAAGGAGACGGGCUUGGGAUCGGAUGGACCAGGGCUUGGGAAGAAUAGUUUUGGGGGUGUGAAUGGAAGGACCAGCUUGCCAGAGGACCGGACCGUGAGGAGCUGGAGGAAAACAGAUGGGGUGGAUGGUCCUCCUUCCAGUGCUGAGGAAAUUGAAAAUCAAACUGUUGAAGAGAACUGAAUACGGAGAUCUGCAUAUGCAAUGCUGAAGGUCAACAGGAGAAGGGAGUCAAAUUAUUGGAAAUCAGUUUUGGAUUGAUGAGACUAUUUGGUUUCUCUGUUUUUGUGCUGUGUUUUCCUCGUACUGUUUUAUCACCAUUGAACAGCUUGCAAACAAUUUUGGUAGUUAAAGUAGUUUUCACUAUUCAGGCCUUAAUGGCUUUCUUUGUAGCAGAUUCCAGAGCUUUGUUAUUUACAUUGUUCUGUCUACAUGUGAUUUGGUAACUUUAUCCUCUACUAUUGAGCGUGUGAGAACUGUGUGGAUUUGGGAUGUUAUAAAUUUAUGACCAAAUAAGAGAUUUUACCAUUUUGUUCCA